GAUAUUCUUCAGUGGAAAAAUGCCCGCACGUUCUUGUACUGGCGGCUGCGGCGCCUUCUUCUGGAGGAAGUGGUGAAGCGGGAGAUCUUGCGCGCCCACAGCAAACUGAGCAACAGCCACAUCCAGUCCAUGCUUCGCCGCUGGUUUCUGGAGACGGAAGGCGCCGUGAAGGGCUACCUCUGGGAUAACAACCAAGUGGUGGUGGAGUGGCUGGAGAAACACUUGCAAGAGGAAGACGGGGCCAAGUCUGCCAUCCGGGAGAACAUCAAGUACCUGAAGCGCGAUUAUACCCUCAAGCACAUUCGGAAUUUAGUUCAAGAGAAUCCAGAAAUUGCCAUGGACUGCAUUAUCCACAUGACCCAGCACGUCACCCGUGCCCAGAGAGCUGAGAUCGCUCACCUGCUGACGACGCUGGACAAUCCUGCCUCUUCUUGACGUUUGCUGUCCCUCAGCCUGGAGCACCAUAGAUCCAUGAACCAGAAGCCGGCACAAACUCAAACUGCCGGGGCCAGAGAGCCCCUUCCUGCCUGUGGACAGUUCUGUGGUCCAGCCAGAAUUCACUUGUACAAAGAUAUACCUCCAAGCGAUCAGUAUUUGCCAUGCAAGUACAUGUUCAAGAGAAAUGGGCAGAUACUUUCUUACAGCCCGAUUCAGUAUCUUUUUUACAACCAUCUUGGUUUUUCAGCUGUGAUUCUGGCACGCCAAAAUAAGAAGGGAGCUUCUAUUUCUUUUCUAAUGGCCUCAAUAGAGAGGGGGGAGGGGGGUCACUAAACCACUAAAAUGGAUCCUGUGCCUUGGCAAAAUUUAUACUGGAGCACGAACAACUAGUUAAUAGCAGUAAAUCAAAAUCUGGAGAAUGCAUCUGUAUAGACUGUGUCUGCAGUAUAGUAAGAUUCAACUUGGCUGUAGCAACAGUUGACAGUACUGAGCAAGUAUUUCAAGACCUGUUUCUAAAAGAAAUGUUCUGUCCGCACUUCCCACCAUAUAUUAACCACACAUGCUGGAGUAUGCACAAUCCACCUCAUGCACCCUUUCUUCAGAGUCACGUUUCCGCCUCCUGUCGGAAUCACUGGCUCUGUAUUUAAUGACGCUCUUACUUGUGCCUUAUUUGUGGAAGUAGACACCAGGGGGCUGUGGCAUUUUUGUGUCAGGCUGCUGGAAUUAUUGCAAGUUGGGAGGGUUUUGUUUUUUUAAAAAAGAGUAUUAGUUUGAGGGAAUGAUUCUCAUGUUGAGUGGACUACAUCACUAUCCCACAAUCUUAUAAAGCACCAUGAAUUAGUAGGAUGAAGCAGGUAACAAUUAAAUCUUGUCACUUAGCGUAUCGGUUGUAUAAUGUUGCAUAUCCUGGUAGUUACUCUAAAACCAAAGAUAUAGAUUUAUUUAUAUGAGGACAGCUAUAUUGUAAUGGAAUUAAGGGACACGUUAGGUGAGUUUAGUAUGUUUUCGAUGACUGAGGUGAGGCAGCAGCUUUUCUUCAAAAAGAAAAGGGGCCGGUUGGCGCUUCCUUUUUGAGGAUCUUUCUUACAGGAAAGGUAGUUGCCAAAGGGCACAUUGCCAGAGAAGGGGGGAGAGCAAGGUUCUGCCAACAAGCCAGUGUUCACAGACCUUAUUGAACAAUGCUAAAUAAAAUGGCCACAUUUUCCAGAAACGAUUCUGUGGUUCUCCUGGCGAAAUUCAUAUUCCAGUUGCCUGUUCUUGUACUGAAGACUCUCAAAGUGAAUCUUCCAGUACUUGCUCUGUUCAUUGCUGUGAAGCAAAUUCUGUUUUUCCUCCUGUGGAGUUUUCAGUCACUAGUUUUUGGAUUGGGGAGAGGGGGUUGUUUUUUUGCCAAAAUGUGAGCUGCUGUUUGAUCUUAGUUUUCUUUGCAUGCUCUACAGUUGACUAGCAUCAAUCCAUUGUCAUUCAUUUCUUUUAUUGUCAUAAAAUUGCCAACAGUCACAAAUUUAUUGCAUGGCGAAUUACAUUACUACCAUCAGAACUGACAUAAUGUCUUCUAAGCUUGAAUUCAUUAGACAGAACACUUCUGAUACUGACCACCGAGCCUGUUCUUGGCCAAUGUCUGAAGGCUUAUCUCAGUGUGCAUCUUUCAGAGCUGGCUUUCGAAGAGAUACGGAUUUCUGACAGCCAGACUUUUGCUAUUCCUUCAGGGUUCACACACUUUAAGGAUAACACACUCUCCUCCCUCAGUUAAUGACACCUUAAUCCAGGCUCUCCCAAACAUUUUUUUGCUCUGGUUUGUUGUUGUUGCAUUUUAUUUUUAAAGGUGUGUGAAAUCUUUUUAAAAAUCCAUUUGCCUUCAGAAGCCAGGGCUGUUUUGCUACUUCUGGGUCCAGAGGCAAUUCAUCAUGGAAACAGCCUUAGCAUAUGUAUUUCUUCCUUAGCGAAGGAAAGGAUUUAGGAUUUUUGACAUAGGCAGGGACUUCUAACUUGAUGCAUCGUACUUAUCCCAACUGACCCUGACUCUUGAUUAUAUAAAUGCACCCUGGAGGGGAAAUUUUUUUUCUAUCUCUAUAUUCAUUAUGAUGCAAAACAAAUACCUCUUUCAAAUGCAAGCAGGCAAUAUUAUGUGAAAACAUAGCAAGUAUAAAAAUUCUGUCCAGUCAGAGCGCUUAGUAAAAUGUUGUAAAAAAAUAAUAUAAAACCCAGAUGCAUCUAAUGCCGGCAGCCUCGGCUACUUUGUACGUUUAUAUCAUCAGUUGGUAGACUAUCCUAUUGUGGCGGUUAAUGUUGUUAUUGUUUUAAACUUUUUUAAAAAGUAUUUUUGUGUCCAUUGUAAAAAAAAACAACCUAUCAGUUCAACGUGUAAAACAAUAUUUGGUCUCACACAUAAAAUGUUUCUAAGUA